AGUUCUUAAAAAAAAGAAGAAAAAAAAGAAAACUUGGAAAAAGUUGAAUCAUUUUUCAAAAAGGAUUUGAAAAAAGUGUAAUUAAUAAAAGAAAAUAAUUAGAGAAUUGAAAAUUAAAAGAAAACUUAAAAAAUGAUACGUUGGAAAUCUUUGGAUAUCAUCAACUUGACAUGGACUUUAUUAUCCAUUGCCCUUGUGAUACCCACCAUCAACUCACUUACUGUGGAUAAUCAAUUGGUAUCGGCAAGAAAUGACUGUUUUGAACGCAUUGCUUUGGAGGCAAUGAUGCCAUUUGAGAAGACGUUUCGCACCGAAGACACCAAUUCGUUGAGAAGUUGCAAAGAGAAGUGUCUGCAGGAGGGUGACAAGUGUCAAUCAAUUUCAUUUGGGGUUCAUCGGCGUGGAAACGGCACUUGCCAGCUGUCCAAGGAAAAAUACGGAACAUCAGGUGGCAGGCCGAAUGGUGUGAUAUUUGAUCCAGACUUUGAUUUGUAUGCCCGCAAAACGAAUUGCUUUGAUUUGGAUGAACCGAAUGAUAAUCUGGCCGAGACGAAUGGGUAUGGUAGUAGUUUGGCCCCAACCACGCCAGUUUUUCUAUCGAGCAGGCCAUCACCGGGUACGCCACUGUUGGUGGUUGAUCCCACACCUACGGUGUUGACAACAGUGGAGGAAGAAAAUACCCGAUAUCCAACUCCGACAACAGGUUAUAGCGAGACGACUCUGUAUAAUCGUGGUUCACCCACAAUAUUAGAUUCCACCGUACCCACUACACCAGCCGCUCCGAAUGGAGAUCGUCUUUAUUUUUCUCAGGACAUUUAUCCUUUGUUUAAAUAUCCCACUUUGUAUGAACCAAACUAUCCCGCCCCCAAUCAAGAUGUUUACAUACCGGGUGGUUAUGCUUCCAAUGCCCCUGAGGUGGGAGACCGUCCAACGUCGUAUGACGGCUCCAGGCCACCCUCAGUUUCACAAAGUGCAAGUGGUCCACCCAAGCCCAUUUUUGGUUUGGGUUAUGGUAAUGGCUAUAGUUAUGGCACUCCAGAAUCUUACAAUCCCAAUACCAUGAGACCCGAAGAUUCGGGAUAUUCCUCCAACUCGCCAAGGCCCAAUAGACCAAACUAUGAGAGCUCACAUCGUGAUCCCAUGCGUUUGCCGGGUUAUGACAAUACCACACCAGGUUAUUAUGGAGAUUCAAGGCCUUCAAACAAUGAUCCCAACUCUGCUACAUCUCCCUAUGGUCCCCGACCGGGAAAUAGUGAUUCAAGGCCAACAAAUGGGGAUCGUAAUGGUCCAGCAUAUGGCUCAAGACCUAAUAAUGAUCGCAAUGAUGGUGGUCCCCCAUAUGGUCCUCGUCCGGAUAAUGAUCGCAAUGGUGGCUCGCCUUAUGGUCCGAGGCCGGAAAAUGAUCGCGUUGGAGGCGGGUCAUACAGCCCACGACCAGAAAAUGAUCGUCGGCCAUCACCUGGAUACGCUCCACGACCGGAGAAUAAUGGUCAUAGCUCCUCGGCCCCACCAUAUGGUUCGCGACCAUCUUCGUCACAGCCUGGAGAUUUUGUCGAUUACACAAAUCGUCCAGAUCCACCGGUUGAUGGCGCUUCAAGACCCUCCACCUCGGCACCUUAUGGUCCUAACAAUGACAAUAAUUAUGUGCGACGUAAUGGCACCGCUGCCAGUCGUCCUCCGAAUGGCUAUCAUGAUGACAAGAAAAUCAAUACCUAUUUCAAUCCUGAUGACUAUCUGCCGGGAAAUAAAAAACGUCCUGGUUCCUAUGAGGAUAGUGAUCGUUUUGACCUCAAUCGUACACCAAUGAAAGCUUGCUUUAGACGUGUGCUGGCCGGCAAACGCGUUGCCCCGCAUUGGGUGCGACGGACCAUAGCAUGUGAACGCGUCGAGGAAUGUAUGCGUGAGUGCGGCCGCGAAAAACGUUUCACUUGUGAAGGUUUCAACUACCGGCUGGAUCCUUCCGGCCAUGGUCAGGGUGAUUGUGAGCUAAUUGAAAUACCCUUGGCCCAAAUCGAUUUGUAUUCCAGUGCAAAUCGCAGAGAUUCAAAUCUAUUGCGUCAUCCCGACUAUGACUAUUACGAGAGGGAUCGUAAUGCUCCACCAAGUUGCCGGUAUAAUGUGUGCAGAGAUUGUAGUAGUAAACUGCCACCGCCCCCACUACCACCGUCGUCAUCGCACUACAACAAGCCAAGUGGAUCGUGGAUGGAUAAACCACCAUAUAGGGAUGAUCAUUACUUGCCCUCACCACCAAGUGGGGGAAGCAGUGGUGGUUACUAUAGUCGGCCUCCACCGGGUAGCAGCAGUUCUUCGCUGGAGCAUUAUGGUCCUUCAGGGCCGUCGGGACCCUCCUAUGAGUCCCAUGGCCGUCCUCCACCUUAUUCGUAUGAGCAUCACAGUGGUUCCCAUGAAUUUUCGUCACACAGUUCGGGUUAUUAUGAACAUUCUUCGCAUAGUGGUUAUGGCAGCAGCGGUUCCGGUUUGGAUCCCAUUGAUCGUUAUGACAUCCACCAUGGUGAUAGGGACCGUUACCGGCCCUAUCCAUCAAAGUGGGAAGCUUUACCCAGCGGCAGUGGUGGUGGCUAUGAUGGUGGUAAGCAUUCACAAGAACGUUAUCGUCCCCCCUAUCGCCCAGGUCCUGAGUACACACCAUAUCGUCCCUCAGGUUCCCAUGCACCGGAUUCAUAUCGUCCUGGUCCUCCCCCACCUUCCUAUAAUUAUUUAGAUCGUGACCGUCCAUCGACAUACAAAAAAGGUAGUGGUAGCCCCAGUGGUGGUGGUGGUGGGGGAGGAGGGAAAUAUGUGCCCUACCUAAUUGGUACCGACAAUGAAUGGGGUUCCUAUGGUGGCAAUUAUGGUGGCUAUCGUAAUAAACAAACUGCCUAUUGGGGUCUUACAGAUCAUCGUUCAAAACCCAAGGAUCCAAUUGAUUUCAACUACUUCGAUUUGGGACCACCGCCGCGUAAGGGUGCUCCGCCCCAUGAAAGCAAUUCGGUUUUAAGUUAUCCUGGUUCCAGUUAUGGAGGUUAUACCAAACAUGAUGGUUUUGCCGAUCGCUUUGAUUAUCGCCACCAAUGGACCCGGAGGCCUGGACCAGAUGAAUGUUCCGCCAAAACCUCAGAGGGAUUUCGUCUACACAAAAAGAUUGUAAAACACAUCUAUUCCGCACCCAGUUUGACAGAAUGUGAACGGUUGUGCUAUGGUCAGGAUGCUUUUAUUUGCCACACUUUCUCUUAUCGCUACUCCCCUGGAAGUCGGGACAAUUGCAUGCUGUGUGAUCGACCCAUAAAUCGUUUGGACUAUUACGUGGACAUAGAACCGGAUCGCAACUACGAUAUCUAUUCCAUGUCAGAUGAUAUGAACGUUUGUCGGAAGCCCUCGCGAAGUGAUGGCCCAAGAGGAGGUGGGCCUCCAACUACGGCCUUGGCAGAUCCCAGAAAUGCUCAAUGUUUCUUCCGUGCCAUUGAUGCCACACGAUUCUUCAAAUCCAUUGUCAGAGAUUCGUUGACCGUGCGAUCGGUGGGGGAAUGUGAAAUGGAAUGCAUUAAAUCGACGAAAUUCACCUGUCGUGCUUUUGCCUUCCGUUAUGGUCAACAGAGGCAUGCUAGUGUUAUCGAUAACUGCCAACUCAGCGAUUGGCCAGUCAGAGAUAUGGACAAGGAACGCCAUUUAGUGUUGGAUAAGGCAUUUGAUAUUUUCGAGAGAGCCAGUUAUGGACAUGGUUGUGAAAUCCAGCCCAUCGUUGAUGAGAAACACAAAAAAUCCUUCUGCUAUUUGGGUUAUGGUUCGGCUGCCAAGCUACUGCCACCGGCGAUAAAGAAAGUCAUUACGACUCCCUCUGAAAUGGAGUGUAAAAAGGAAUGUAUGCGCUUCCGGGAUACCACGUCCUUUAAGUGCUACUCCUUUAGUUAUGGCUCACGCAAAGCCACCUUCAAUUGUGAAAUGUCCGAUUUGGAUCAAACCGAAUUGAAAUUGAAUGUUCAUUACACUCACACCGAUGAUAGAGAUUUUUGGUUAUUUGCUUGGAAUCCAUUCGAUUAUACAUGUCGGGAUAAGGUUAACACCAUUGGUGGUUCAAGGGUUAAUAAUAAUCGUCGCAUGGACAUCUUUAGGGAACCAGGUGAUUUGGCUUGGCAUCACUAUUCGGUAUCGGGGAAACCGUGCCGCCGCAAUAGUCCCUGUGAGAAAAAUCUCAUAACCGGUUUCUAUUCGUGUGAAAUCGAGGGUGGUGAAAUAGGCUCGUGGGAUUAUUGCUGUAAGAUGGAUCAUCCUUGUGGCUAUUCGAAAGGAUUCGACUAUCCAUGGUGCUUUGUUGGCGACGAACCAGAUCAAUGGCGUAAAUGUAGCGAUCGUUACUAUCCUGGCAAUCAUACCCUCACACAUUCCGGUCUCAGUGUUAAACCUCUAAAACCCAGCGAGAAACGAAAACCCUCCGACAGUUAUUCAUCGGCUGCCUCAACAUCUGAAGAAUAUCAAAAACCACCCAGACCUGGCGGCUUGCAGAAUUUAAGCGAUUUCACAGCUGCCCGUCUUUGGCCUGUAACAUAUCUCUACAGUGAAGGUCCACCGAACUCCACCGAGUUUAGUAAUUUUGUCGAUUGCAACAAGGAAUCGUGCUAAUUUCCAAGCAAGAAACAAAAAACAAACGCAAAAACAAAAGAAAUAUCUAUGCAAUGUAACCUAAUCUUAAUCUAACCUACAAGUAUUUAGUUUUGUGUUUAAGAAUUUAUAUACAUGUACUUUUAGUUUUUAUUUGUAAUAUGUCUCCCCUUUUUUUUUUGUAAUUUUUCUUUAAUUAUUGUAGAUUGUCUAACCGAAAUGUGAUCCUCUGCCGCUAUCCUUAUCCAUUUCCUUGUGAAAUUUCUAAAAUUUUAAUAACAAAAAUGAGAUUUAAAAUUGGUUUGGUUUCCAUAGCUCCCUAAUGCAAAUAGAAUAAGUGCGAUUUUAGUACAUACAAACAUUUUUUUUUUUUUUUGGGUUCUAGCAAGUAUUUUAUUUUAUAAUUAAAAUGAUAUUUUUAUUUUGCAGCUAAGUAACAGAAUAAUAUUGAUUUUUGUAACUUUUAGGUUAGAUAUUGCUUAAAAUGGACACUGAUGAUGAUAAUGAUAAUAAAGCA